UUGCAGCCAAGUAUUGCACACGUCAAUUGCUGCAAGAUGCAAUUAAUCAAUUCCAAAGACAACGUGGUCAGUGGCAAUAUUCCUCUAGAGGAAGCCAGGAAUGUAAUGUCGUAAGCGUUCACACAGUGAAGCGCUGUGCUGCUGAUGUGUGCUUUCUGAGGACAACGCGCACACGUGUCAAGGUUGUUUGUGGCCUUAGUUUGUCCUCAGUGGUAUCUCAUACACACACAGCGCGUUUGUCAGCUCCAAGAAUAGUGGGGAUCAGGUUCUGGACCUCACAAUUGGUCUGGUUGCGGUGCUGCUGCGAAGAAAAAGCAAGGAGGCGGGGCAUGUCUCCCUGUCCUGGUCACUGGCCCGCUGUCGUCUCACUCGAGAGGUUCUCUAAAGUUUUGUGUUGUUUGGAUCAUCUUCAAGUAUUGUGUUGAGAUUUGUUAAUGCUGCUAUUUCUGGGCAAGCAUUGGUUUUAAUGGUAGUUGAGUGAGCAAGCAUUGGUCUCACUGGUUUGGUCCAUGCAGCGGUACCGCCACUAUGGCACCUCCUCCUCUUCAGUGCCUGUGGAGGAGCUCCACACCACCGAGGAGGAGGUGAGCACUAAGGAACAGGCGGAGGAGCCGCUUGUAAAAGACGAGGCUCAGGAUGGCAUCCGGACAACAGGAGGCGGGAAUGUGGAGGAGGCCCCUUUCACGCAGGAGGCACCGUUGCUCUCUGACUCAAAGCCACCAUCGUCGGAAAGCAAGAACGGGAAGAAGACGCAGAGCGCCGACGCGGGCGGAGGAACCAAGUAUUCUGUCUUCACCUGGUUUGUGGUCCUGGCACUGUUGGGCGUUUGGAGCUCCGUGGCCGUCGUCUACUUCGAUAUUGUAGACUAUGACAGCGUCAUUGCCAGAGCUGAGGAGUUUCGUUUGAACUUUUCGCAAGCUUUACAAGGGAAGCUGACGGCCUACGACACAGACGGAGAUGGCGACUUUGACGUGGAAGAUGCAAAAGUACUGCUGGGCCUGAAAAAGACAGCAAGCGAGGCGCUGUCACCUGAACACAAAGCAGAAACUGUGGAAGAGCGGCCUGCACAUCAGCAAACUUCACAGCCGCAGGGGGAGGAGUCAAGGGAGGCCGUCUCCUCGGAGACGCCCACGGAGGAGACACCUGCAAUGGAGACCUCAUCAGAGGAGAUACCCGUAGAGGAGACCCCUACUGAGGAGAUGCCAAUCUCUGGAUCUGAGGACGUGGACUCUGAAAUCCAAGCUGCCGUCCCCUUGCCUGCAUUUGUAGAAGACAUCUUUGUAGCGGAUGAUCCUCGAGGAAGCACGGAGCAUAUUUACGCGGAGGACGUGGACGCCAUCGACACAAGCGGAGUCUUAGUGGAAGAGCCGUCGUCUAAGGAGAGCGUCGCGGAGUCCGCAAAAGCUGUGACAAGCUCCAAGUUCACACAGGAAGAAGAACCGCCGGUGGAAGUGGAGAAACAGUCUGAGCCGGCAGAAGCUCCGAGCGAGACCACCAGGGAGACCACCAGGGAGACCACCAGGGAGACCACCAGGGAGACCACCAGGGAGACCACCAGGGAGACCACCAGGGAGACAGCAGGGAGCGCCACUGAUGAAGUGGCCGCCGAGGAGAAGCCCAAAGAAAAAGCCAAGAAGAAGAAAGCAAAGCUGCUGAACAAGUUGGACAAAACCAUCAAAGCAGAAGUGGACGCUGCUGAGAAGCUACGCAAAAAGGGUAAAGUGGAGGCCGCACUCAAAGCCUUUGAGACGUUGGCGCAACAGCACCCGCAGAGCCCCCGCGCUCGCUACGGCAAAGCGCAGGCAGAGGACGACCUGGCCGAGAAGAUGCGCAGCAACGACAUGUUGCAGAAGGCCAUCAACAGCUACAGAGAGGCCGCCGAGCUCCCAGACGCCACCCCUGACCUUGUAAGAGCGUCGCUUAAGAGACGAGCCGAGCGCCAACAGUUCCUGGGCCGCAUGCGUGGCGCCGUGGCGACCCUGGAGAGGCUGGUCCAGAUCUUUCCGGAGGACAUCCAAGUGAUGAACGACCUGGGUGUGGCCCACCUUUUGCUGGGAGACAACAAAGGUGCUAAGAAGGUCUACGAGGAGGUACUGGCAGCUUCCCCUGGCAACGGUUUUGCCAAAGUUCACUACGGAUUCAUCCUGAAGUCAGAGAACAAGAUCGCGGAGAGCAUCCCCUACCUGAAGGAGGGGCUGGAGUCCGGUGAGCCCGGCACUGAUGACGGACGCUUCUAUUUCCACCUGGGAGACGCUCUGCAGCGAGUCGGAGACAAGAGCGCGUACCAGUGGUACCAGUUGGGUCACGAGCGUGGCCACUUUGCUUCCGUGUGGCAGAGGUCGCUCUACAACGUGGAUGGGCUGAAGGCGCAGCCUUGGUGGACACCAAGCGAGACCGGCUACACCGAUCUGGUCAAGUCGCUGGAGAGGAACUGGAGGACCAUCCGAGACGAGGCUCUGGCCAUGAUGGACCGCAAAACAGGAAUGUUUGUUCCCGAGGAGGAGAACCUGCGAGAGAAAGGAGAGUGGGGACAGUACACCCUCUGGCAGCAAGGAAGGAAAGCUGGGGAUUCCUGCCAGGCCGUCCCCAAGACUUGCUCGCUGCUGGACAGAUUCCCCGAAGCCACUGGCUGCAAGAGAGGACAGAUUAAGUUCUCGGUGAUGCAGCCGGGCACGCACGUGUGGCCGCACACAGGACCCACCAACUGCCGCCUGAGGAUGCACCUGGGCCUUGUCAUUCCCAAACACGGCUGCAGGAUCCGCUGCACCGACCAAACGAGGGGGUGGGAGGAAGGGAAAGUUCUCAUCUUCGACGACUCCUUCGAGCACGAGGUGUGGCAGGACGCGGACACGUACCGCCUCAUCUUCAUCGUGGACGUGUGGCACCCGCAGCUGACGGCACACCAGCGGCAGACCCUCAGCGCCAUCUAGACCAGGAGAUCUGAUUCGCUUUCUCGGUUCUUCUGGGUGAUACUACUGACUUGACCACCAGUCUCCCCACGUGACACGUACUUCCUGUUUGACCCCUUUGACAAAAGAAAGUUGUGUUAAAUGUUCACAUGAGCGUCGAAACCACUUUUUCACCUUCUGUUCCUCUACGCGCCCAUUUCCCUCAUCACUUUUGUACGAUGAUUACACACAACAGAUGUUAUUAGAGAUUAUAUUUUUUAUUAAAAACAACACAAAAACCUCACAAAA